AAUCCUGCAUUAGAGUGAGUGGGGAAUCUGAACGCAGUCCAGGUCAAAAACAGUCGUACAGAAAAAGAGAGAGUUUCUAUUCUACAUAAUUUGCGUUUGAGUACACAUUUGAUUAUUAUCGACAUAGUUAUCAACAUAUUUUAGGUUAAUGUUAUAGUCAUAUUAUUCUAUUGACAUUAACAUUAACAGUAAUAAUUGCUAUUAAGAAAAAUUAUACUUGUAAAAUGUCUAGUUACAUGAAAAGAUGUCUGUUGAACUGUGUAAAAAAUAAUAAAUUUUUCAUACAAGCGAUUUGUAAUAGGACUACAGUAUGUAGUAAUGCACACUGCACAAAUAUUUCAUGGUUUUGGAAUAAUACUAGCAAACGAUUUUAUUGUCAAGUUGCAACUCAGAACGUAAAUAUCCCGAUGGACCGAAGAAACGAAGAACAGCGAAAACUCGAUGAAUUUAUAUCUAAUCCUGACAACAAAAAAAUCUUUCAAGUAUUAGAAUUAGAAAUAGACGUUAUGCGACAUAAUGCUGAAAAAGUUCCAACAAAUGUUGAACCGAAAGCAUGGUUGGAACUGUUACAUAUGCAGAGUAAAUCGCAAAGAAAGAAGUUUCUUCAUUACUUAUUUAUUAAUGAGAAAAUGGACGAGACGAAGAAGGCAAAGGCAGCGCAAAAAAAGGCUGAAAGGCUAAUCAAAUUAGCAGAAGAGAAACAGGCAGAAGAUACUGGUGAAAUUAAAUAUGGUCUUACAAAUAAUACAAUGUUUAUGCGUAUAUAUCCACAUACUAUCAGUCAUUACUAUAAUUCUAAAUUAAUCUGGAACAUGAUGUUUGAACCUAAAAUUGUGUUUGAUUGUGGCUAUGAGGAUUAUAUGAACAGAAGGGAAAAUCACAAUUGCGCAAAGCAAUUGACUUUGGCCUUUUCUGUUAAUCGUAACCAUAAUAAUCCUAUGUCUCUUAAUUUUUGUAAUCUAAAGAAAGAAAGUUUACUUAGUCAUUACUUCCAACGCUUCAUGCCAAAUUUAUUUGAUCAAGAUUUCCCAGCUAUUGUGACAUCUCAGUCUUACUUGGAUUUAUUUCCAAAGGAUCAAUUAGUAUAUCUGACUCCACACUGUAAAACAGAUUUAGUUGAAUAUGAUCCUGACAUGGUAUAUAUCAUAGGGGCAAUGGUAGAUAAGGUAAAUCCAAGACCUUUAUCUUUAGCAAAGGCGAAAAAAGAAGGUCUUCGUAUGGCAAAACUACCUAUAGAGAAAUAUCUUGAUUGGGGUCGUAGUUCAACAAAAAGUUUUACACUCAAUCAGAUGCUUUGUAUAAUGUUAGACUUGAAGUACACAAGAAGUUGGGAGCAAGCAUUCCAACAUGUGCCAACUAGAAAGUUAAAACAGUCCAGAGAACAAAUGUUACAGAAAAAAUUAAAUAAUACGUCAAAGUUACUCGAAAAAAUGGAAAAAAUUUCCAAUAAUAAAAAAUCAGAAAAAAUGGAAAAAAUUUCCAAUAAUGAAAAUUCAAACUUCAACGGAACCGUUCACAACAAACUUCACAUUUCCUAGUAGGAAGAGAAGAUAAUUGUGCAAGAUAGAAAAUAUUUGUUAACGUAUAAAAAAUAUAUGAAAAAAUAUAUUCAAUUACAAUGCAAAA